AACCAUCGAACCAGCGGCGAUCAGUCUAACGCUGACCAGGUUAGCUUGGUGGUACGAAACACGAAACAGCUGUAAGGAGCAAAGGAACGAAGGAUCGAACCAGACAUUGCAGGCGCAGGCACAAAAGCCCUCCCGAAGCACGCAGGCAACAGUUCUUUCGAAAGCGAAAGUGAAGUGUGGUGACCGGAGCUUCCAGUUGUCGAGACACGUGCCGCAGUGCAAUACUAUCGGCGCCUAAUUUCGAACUCAAAGAUGAAACUGUGCGCCCUCCUCCUGCUGGCCGUGCUGGGCUGUUCCCGUGCCGAGCAGUUCGAAGGAUACUUCUAUCCGAAACCGAGCUGCCCACUGCCCGAAACCGUCUACAUCACGCGGACGGAAACGGACUACCAGCGCUACACGGAAACCGUCGCCUCGCCGGUGUACGGUGACGAGCAGACGGUCGUGUCCUCCGUCUACAUUACGAACACCCAGACGGCAACCGUGCCCGUGUACCAGACGCUCACCAGUACCGUUACCUACACGGUAACGCCGCCGCUGCAGCCGGCCCAAACGGUGUACAACACGGUCACGCUACCGCCGAUCGUUUCUACCACGACCGUUGUCACGGCGACGCCCGUCUACCGCACGCAGACGGAAACGCGCACCGUCACCCAGCCGCCCGUAACGCUUCCGCCGCAGGUCAUCUACUCGACCGUGCAGCUUCCGCCGGUAACGCGUACCGAAACGUCCGUCUACACCACCACCACGCCCGUCAUCCAGACGGUGCAGGACUAUCGUACCGUAACGCUGCCGCCCGUAACGCUUCCGGCCCAAACGAUCUACUCGACCGUCCAGCUGCCGCCGGUAACGCGCACGGAAACGUCCGUCGUUACGCGCACGAGCCAGGUCGUGUCGACGGUGCGCGACACCGUGACGAUCCCGCCGGUAACGCUUCCGGCACAAACCAUCUACUCCACCGUACAGCUGCCGCCGGUGACGCGCACCGAAACGUCCGUGUACACGACGGCCACUCCCGUCUACCAGACCGUUACCGAUACGCGCACGGUAACGCUGCCGCCCGUCCAGGUGCCAGCGCAGACGAUCUACAGCACCGUAACGCUGCCGGCCGUUACGCGCACCGUCAGCUCGGUCUACACGCAACCGGGCGGCUACCAGACGGUGUACGUCACCCAGACCGAGGUGCAGCGCGAUCAGGUGCAGGCCCAAACGAUCUACAGCACCGUCACGCUGCCCGCCGUUACGAAGACCUUCUGUGCGCCGACCUAUCUACCGCCGCAGAAUACGCUCGCCGCCUACAACCAGGGACGCUACACGAACGGACUCUUUUAAGCGGAGGCUCACGAGCACAAACACAAACACAAACUUAAGUAAAUAAACUAAAAACCCCCGUGAAA